CGGCCUCCCGGAGGCCUGGCCCGGCCUACCCGUCCCGGGUGCCGCCGCGGUCCGCAAGGACAGACUCGCUGGCCCCCAAGAGGACGUUCUCCAAGUCCCCAGCCGGGGGCCCCGUGUAGACCUGGAGUGGACGCCCCCUCCUUCCCUUCAUGAUUCGUUUGUAGCGCAGUGGCGAUGGAUGAUGAGGAUGGGAGAUGCUUACUAGACGUGAUCUGUGACCCUCAGGCCCUCAACGACUUCUUGCAUGGGUCGGAGAAGCUGGACAGUGAUGACCUCCUGGAUGCCCCCGGGGAGGCCCAAAGUGCCUUCUAUGAAGGUCCUGGGCUCCAUGUGCAAGAAGCUUCCGGCAACCACCUGAACCCGGAGCCCAGCCAGCCGGCCCCCAGCGUGGACCUGGACUUCCUGGAAGAUGACAUCCUGGGCUCUCCCGCCACGGCGGGUGGUGGUGGAGGAGGCGGGGGUGCCGACCAGCCCUGCGACAUCCUUCAGCAGAGCCUGCAAGAGGCCAACAUCACGGAGCAGACGCUCGAGGCUGAGGCUGAGCUGGACCUGGGCCCCUUCCAGCUGCCCACCCUGCAGCCCGCGGAUGGCGGGGCAGGCCCGACAGGCGCUGCGGGGGCAGCUGCUGUGGCUGCGGGACCCCAGGCCCUCUUCCCGGGCAGUGCUGACCUGCUGGGGCUGCAGGCCCCACCCACAGUGCUGACUCACCAGGCCCUGGUGCCGCCCCAGGAUGUGGUCAACAAGGCCCUGAGCGUGCAGCCCUUCCUGCAGCCCGUGGGCCUGGGCAAUGUGACCCUGCAGCCGAUCCCGGGCCUCCAGGGCCUGCCCAAUGGCAGCCCUGGGGGCACUGCAGCCGCCACUCUUGGCCUGGCGCCCAUCCAGGUGGUGGGCCAGCCUGUCAUGGCACUCAACCCGCCCACCUCACAGCUCCUGGCCAAGCAGGUACCUGUCAGCGGCUACCUGGCCUCAGCAGCUGGUCCCUCAGAGCCCGUGACCCUGGCAUCCGCUGGUGUGUCCCCCCAGGGGGCCGGCCUGGUCAUCCAGAAGAGCCUUCCAGCCGCCGUGGCCACCACACUCAAUGGGAACUCGGUGUUCGCAGGGGCAGGGGCUGCCACGGUGGCGGCCAGCGGGGCACCCUCAGGACAGCCACUGGCAGUGGCCCCAGGCCUGGGCACGUCACCGCUGGUGCCAGCGCCCAACGUGAUACUGCACCGCACACCCACGCCCAUCCAGCCCAAGCCCGCUGGCGUGCUGCCCCCCAAGCUCUACCAGCUGACACCCAAGCCCUUUGCCCCCGCGGGUGCCACACUCACCAUCCAGGGUGAGCCGGGGGCACUGCCGCAGCCGCCCAAGGCCCCGCAGAACCUGACUUUCAUGGCGGCAGCGGGCAAGGCCGGCCAGAACGUGGUGCUCUCGGGCUUCCCAGCCCCUGCCCUGCAGGCCAACGUCUUCAAGCAGCCCCCGGUUACCACCGCGGGCACAGCGCCGCCUCAGCCCCCUGGGGCCCUCAGCAAGCCCAUGAGCGUCCACCUGUUGAACCAGGGCAGCAGCAUCGUCAUCCCUGCGCAGCACGUGCUCCCGGGCCAGAACCAGUUCCUGCUGAACAUCCGUAGGGGCACAGGCUCACGGUGA